AUGAAUUUAUUUUUAUUUAUUAGAGAAAUUUGUUCAUUAAAUUAUGCGAUUAUCUGUGAUACAUCAAAGAAUUAUUUUAAUUAUAGACAUUUCACCAACUUACAGAUAUUUUAUCAGAAGUUAAUUAACAAUGGAUUUACUAAUGAAUUUAUAGUUUCAUUGUUUAUUGAAGAUCCUUUAAAAGAUAAGAGACAUCUUUUAGAUAAAGUAAUCCAUUUAAACGAUACAUUAACUAUUCCUUAUGUUCAAUUAAAACCAAGAAAGUUUAAUCUAGACACUUUAUUAAACAUUCUUAACUGUAAAGAUGAGAAACUUUAUAAACUUGAUGAAAAUGACAACUUACUUAUCUAUUUAACUGGACAUGGUAAUGAUGACUUUUUCAUGUUACAUAAUAAAUACUUUCUUAUGUUAGAUGAUAUCAUGGAAGUACUAUUCUACCUGUCAAAAAGAUUAAAUAAGGUUCUUUUUAUAUUAGAUACUUGUCAAGCUUCUGCUCUCAUAGAUCAAAAUUCUAUUCCUAAAAACGUGACUGUUAUUGCGACAAGCAGUGCUAAUGAGUCUUCAUUCUCAACUAACGUUUCUUAUAAUUUAGGUCUUAAUACAGUUGAUGAUUUUGCUAAAAGAUUUCAUCAAAUUCCUAUAAAAAGAAAAUUAAAAGUUGUUGAUUUUUUUUCACCAGAGAUAUUUGGUACAAUUACUUCUAAUGUUAUGGUGUUUGGAAAUAAGACAUUUAAUAUGAAAGAUUUUUUCUAUCAAAAUCCAAAUAAAAGAAUUUUAAGACCUUUUAAGAUUAAAUAA